AUGUCAUUGAGAACACCAAAAGUCACUUAUAAAGCAUACACAUAUAGAAGUGGAAGCAGCCCAAUUGAACUUGUCAACGAAACUAUUGGUUUAGUUGAGGGUCCCCACGGAGACUACGUUGCUCCCAAAGGUAAGAUCUUAGUCAAGAUCAAUUACGCUUCUUUAAACCCAGUCGAUUACAAAGUUUACCAAAAGACACCAUGGAUCUUAUCUUUCUAUAACCCUCACAAGGGUUUUGGUAAAGAUUUUUCUGGUCGAGUAAUAUCAAUAGGUGCAAAUGCUCAAACUGAUGUCAAAGUGGGCGAUUUGGUUCAAGGUUUAAACUGGCCUAUCUAUGGUGGUGGGUCAUGUGCUCAGUACUUGUUGGUCAAUCCAGUUUGGUCACCAAUCACCACUGUCCCCACAAACAUCGAUUUGAUUGAAGCGGCUUCGUUUCCCUUGGUUUUGGGAACUGCUAUGCAAAUGACUCAUGAUAUGAAAUUUAAGGAGAGCAAAGUAUUGGUAUUAGGAGCAGGCACUUCUGUUGGUAGAUACAAUGUUCAAUUGGCCAAAAUUGGUGGUGCUAGGGAGAUUGUUACUACAAACUCCGCCAAGACUAGUGAUUUAAUCAGAGAGUUGGGUGCUACUUCGCAAAUUGAUUAUCGUAAACAUCCCAAUUUCUUGUAUCCCGUGUUGGAAAGUGUAAAGCAAUCGGGACAAUUUGAUUAUAUUCUCGAUUGUUGGGGUGGUAAUCAAUUGUUCCCCGAAAUAGAUUCCAUUAUCAAAAGGGGUGGAAGAUACUACAGUAUAGUUGGUGAUAGCCCAGAAGGUGCUAUAAAGGCAAUGAUAGGAACCACCAAAGCAAGACUAAGAAUGGUUGGAUCGGCACUAGGAUUAAUCAAGUACCAUUAUACAUUGGGGUUGCUCAGUUCAAAUAGAGGCAAUAAAGGAUGGAUUAAUUUAGCUAGGGACUUGAUUCAAGCCGGGAAAUUGCAAAUUUUUGUUGAUUCGGUAUACCCGUUUAAUGAAUUACAUGAAGCUAUUGAUAAGUUGGAGAGCGGUGGAGCUCAAGGUAAGAUUGUUUUAGAAGUUGCCAAACCUCAUGAAGAAGCUCCUCAAAAUCCAUUCAAUUAA